GAGGAACCCUACCAUAUCAAUCUCGCUUCUCGCCUCGUUUCGUCUCAGCUGCAUUCCAAUUCCACCUGUAAGCGGAGAGCCUUCGUGGUCCCUGCUCGGUUCAUCAGAAUACAGGAGGCUCCGGAGGUAGUCCACCAAAACAAAACACCACUCCAUCUCUCCUCUUCCCAGCGAUUUCCUCUUCCCCUCCUCGCCCGCCGAGGCCGCCCGUCCUCCGUCCGCCGUCCCAGCGAGAGCUUUAAGAUUGUGCAGACACAUAAUUUGGAUGCUCCUGCCUAUGCAAGAUGUCAACCACCAGAGAUAUUGUUUAGUGCUGGGAAAGUUAUGCAGUUUUGGAUCAUAAAUUCUAAAUAGACAAGAUAAUUAUGGACCGUGCAGACACAUCAGGGUUUGUCAGUGGUGGUUGCUUUGGUACUACACUCCUGCUGAUAUUCUUUCAUUUCGUCUAUUCUACAGUCCGUGUCUGAAAAAUCGUCAGUAACGCUGCAGCUGCCUGGGCAGAAAUAUCAUCAGCCCCCCCCCCCCCCCCCCCCCCCCUGUUCUUUGAGAUCUCUGGUUUUUAUCUCAUUUUCUUUUCCACCAUCGUUAUAUUGUCUUAACUGUGAUGGAUAACGGCUUCAUGGACAUCCCCCAUCCGCCCCUGAUGAAUGACCCCUUUGUGUUAGUGGGAUGCUCAGCGCCAAGCUCUACGGUGGAGAACAUGGGCCAAAGCACACUCUGUAUGGAUGGCCUGAACCCAGCAAUUGUUAGUUGCAGCCAUGUUAAUGGAAAUACACAGAUAAUGAAUGACAUAACAGCGAGAGAUGAUGGCAGCAGGUUAGUCCUUGGUUUGGGUCCAACACCGAAUUUUUAUUCUGCAGUGUCCACUGGCUCAAAACAAGCUCAGAGAUUGUCAGGCCAGAGUUCAACUUUCACUGAUUCAGGGAUGCUGAGGCUUGGCCUUCACACCGAUGGUGGGGGAGCAAUUCAAUGUCUGCAAGGACCGAAUGGAGCACUCCAUUCUUUAGGUAUUGUCGACGAGGCUUCGACAUCUACUACUGUAAGGAGCAUGGGUGGUUACAUGCCAUCCCUACUCUUUGCUCCCCGCUCCAAUCCUACUGUCAACGAGACACAAGUAGAAAUCCCAGAUUCUCUAAACCUCACGCACAGCACCAGCAACAGUCAGCAUAUUCAACGUCACCUCCAGUUUAGCCCUGAACCCUCUGCAAUGACCGAGUCUUCAUUUGGUGUGAGUUCUGAUGUUGUCACCGCAACAACUACAUCAGAACGUAGCCAUUCUCGACAUCCUAAGAAAUGCAGGUUCAAGGGAUGUUCCAAAGGUGCAAGAGGCGCAUCAGGAUUGUGUAUUGCUCAUGGAGGUGGGCAGAGAUGUCAUAAACCUGGAUGCCAUAAAGGAGCCGAGAGCAGCUCUGCAUACUGCAAAGCCCACGGUGGCGGUCGUCGGUGUGAGGAACUUGGUUGUACCAAAAGCGCAGAAGGAAAAACAGAUUAUUGCAUUGCUCAUGGUGGAGGCCGCCGCUGCGAACAUCCUGGCUGUCCUAAAGCUGCCCGGGGUAAGUCUGGGCGGUGCAUCAAGCAUGGUGGUGGGAAGAGGUGUUUGGUUAAAGGUUGCAUUCGGAGUGCGGAGGGGAAGGCUGGAUUGUGCAUUUCUCAUGGCGGUGGUCGACGGUGCCAGUAUCCAGAUUGUGGCAAGGGGGCACAGGGCAGCACAUUGUACUGCAAGGGACAUGGUGGUGGCAAGAGGUGCGUCUUCGAUGGUUGCAGCAAAGGCGCAGAGGGUAGCACACCUCUGUGCAAAGCACAUGGUGGCGGGAAGCGGUGCAUGUUUGAAGGAGGUGGUGUCUGUGCAAAAAGUGUGCACGGGGCUACUGAAUAUUGCGUGGCGCAUGGAGGAGGAAAGCGCUGUUCCGUGCCCGGCUGCACCAAGAGUGCUCGUGGCCGCACUGACUGCUGUGUGAAGCACGGUGGCGGCAAGCGGUGCAAGGUUGAGAACUGUGGCAAGAGCGCCCAGGGGAGCACGGACUUCUGCAAAGCCCAUGGCGGAGGAAAGCGGUGCACAUGGGGCACAGGCUGUGAAAAAUUCUCCCGUGGCAAGAGUGGCUUCUGUGCGGCACAUGGUACCUUGAUGGCCAGGCAGCGAGAACAAGAGGCGGCGAAGAAUGUAGGAAGCAUGAUUGGACCAGGUCUCUUCAGCGGCAUUGUUGUGUCAUCUGCCACCGCAGCAAGCAGCAUGACGAACGAGCACUCGUCCUCUGGUGUCAGCACCGCUUCCGACUGCGACGGCACUGUGAGGAGCCAAUCAAUGAUUCCUCCACAGGUGCUGGUUCCUCGCUCUAUGAUGCCUUCUUGGUCGACUGAGCCUGUAGAUGGAGGCAGAGAGGGAGGUCAUGUUGUUCCCGAGGGGAGGGUCCAUGGUGGUGGCCUCCUGUCACUCAUCGGUGGCAGCUUCAGGAACGCCGAUUUGGAGAAGCUUCAAAGCUAGUGCUUUUCCAUCAGCAGAUUCGGUCAGUUUGUUUGUACAUAAACAGGCCGCGUUUCGGCCUAUUGUAUUCUUAUUGUACCUUUUCUUGUCUAGAUAAACAUUUCAACCUUCAUGUACUGGUUUAAGUCCAUUGUAAAUGGUGACUGCCAAUUGUUGUGAACGCUUUUGGCUUGUUGGUUCAGCUGUAGUCAGUACUGCAAUAAUUUCGUGUGUUGUUUAAGCUGCUCUUAUUUGUUUGUGC